CAAAGUCCGGUGCUGCCGUAAGGAGACUGGUGUGGCUGGUGCUGACGCUGUCUGCUGGUGGAGUUGAUCCAGGCCUUGGGCAAUCCAACUGUUUUUAGGGGAAGGGAUCAGCUGCGUCUACUGUCAGUGAAGCCAGUGAUAGGUUUUGGCAAGCGUUGUUGUUUGGACGCUAGUGAGGUAUGAGCAGAGCUGUGGUAUCGAAAGUUUUCCCAGAGAGAGACAUUGCGUAAGAGCGUGAAUUGGGAGAUCAGGAACUCAAGAGUUUGAUCCACUGGACAGUUCUGUGAGGUCCUAAAGUGCUCCCAGAUUUAGCCAAACAGUUUUUUUACCAGAACCAAAUUUCGUCCAGACCCAAAGGGCAGCAGUGUCCUCGUGGCUUUCUUUGCCCAACAUUUCACUCACAUGUUCUUCAAAACAGACGUUAAGAAAGGUCCAAAAUUUACAUGGAGUGGACAUGGGGUUGAUGUCACAUCAAUAUAUGGCCGCAAUGUACAGGAGGAAAAUCUUCUAAGAAGUUUUGACAGUGGAAAACUUAAAAUGCAGACUAUAAAUGGCGAGGAAUACCCCAUGUUUACCAAAGAUGUGCCAAUAACGAUGGGCUACCCACCAAAUCACCCAGACACUCUUAAAUUUGCUAUGGGACAUCCAUUCUAUGGGCUGAUGCCAGGCCUCUUUCUGUAUAAGACUAUUUGGAUGAGAGAGCAUAACAGAUAUCAUGAAACAGGGAUGAUGAGAGACUUUUUCAGACAGGGAAACUUAUUAUUUUAGGUGAGUUGGCUACAGGUCAAGAAACAAAGGUCCAAAAUAUUAUUUGGGAUUUGGAUUUCUUUUAAAUUGUCAUAUUUUCCUAGGAAGGAGUUCAUCCCAUUCUAUAUGUGGUAUUUAUGUCACAGCAGCCAAAGAUUUAUGGGUUAUGUUGAGUUAUGUUUUCUAUAAAUACAUUUUUUCUUGACCGCAAUCUUGUAGAAUAAAUUCCACCUAAUGUAUGGUCAGUAUACUGCUCUCAUGAUAGCCAAUUUAUAAUUUUAAAGCUUGCUUGUUGGUUGGUUAUGCUGCAGUGAUGACAAUGGUCUUUUCUGUAAAUAUUAGAAUAUUGAUUUUUGAGGUGCAUUUUGUUGCACACGAUUUUGACUUGAGAUUACUUUUUACUUUUUUUUUUUUAGAAAUUUUUAACAAACUAGAACAGUCUUUAAUGGCAUUCUAGCAUUAUAUUGCUAAGAACUGGUUGUGAGACAUUUUUUAAACUUAUUUCUUCAUUAGAAACAAGUCUCUUUGAUAUUUAUAAAAGGGGAUUCAUCUUUA